UAAGUUGAGGGGCAAAUUGGCAUUUAAGUCUCUUUUUUUUUUGUUCAUCUCUUAGACCUGAGAUUGAUAAUUCGGAGGUUCCAAAUUCAGUAGCUGAUCUUAUUGACUCUAAUUUACGACAUACCUUAGUCAAAGUUGUAAAUAGAUGGCUACGUCAGUGGAUGAUGAAGUAGAAGUUACUACAACUGAAAGAUAUCUUCGAUGGCCAAAAGCAAUGGAUGAACUUCUUCUUGAACUUUUGAAAGAAGAAAAAGUAAAAGGAAACAAGGAUGAAAAACAAUUCAACAAAGUAGCUUGGGGAAAUGUUGUUGUUGCACUUAAUGCGGAGUUUCAAAAGAUCGGAAAGAAAAUUGAUAAAGCAAAAGUUGUCAAUAGAUUGAAGACUAUAACAAGACUAAUGAAUUAUGCAAUUGAACUUUUGGACAAGCAAAGUGGAUUUUGUUGGAAUGAUAUCACCAAAAAAAUUGAAGCCGUACCAAAUGUUUGGGAUAGUGUAAUAAAGGUUAAAAGUGAAUAUUGUUUGGUACGAGAUAAAGAACUCUAUUUCUUGGAUGCUGCCCGUGAGCUUUUUGAAAAGGAUCGAGCAAAUAGAAAAAGUGCUGCAACUGCGAAGGAAAAAGUGUGCAAGUGGCAAGCUGAACCAAAAUCAAAUGUUGAGGAUAUUGAUGAGAUGCAAAUAAAUGAUGACAUACUUUUAAUUCAACAAGACUCUUUGAAUCGAUCUGUCCCAAAAUCACCAACUCGUGAUAGCAAUUCAUCGGCGAAUCAACCAUCAGAACAACCUUCUAAAGGGGUUAAACAAAGAAGAAUCGCAUCGGAUAUCAUUGCUAAUGAGCUUAGGGAGGUUGCAUCUUCAAUGAAGGAAAUUGCUCGUGCCAUAACAAUUACUAGUCGAAGGAUUUACACCGCAAAUGAGAUCACAACAGAGUUGAAAAAAUUAAGAUUGGGCAAAUGGAAAGUAAUGGAAUGUCUUGAUUUUUUGAAGGAUAAUGAGCAUUUGGUUGAAAGAUUUUUUGCCUGCGAUGAUGAUAUCAAACUUGCUUGGUUGAGGAAGAAGAUGGAGCUUCAUAACCUUAGUUGAUGUUAACGAUUAAAAUUGAAAGGCUUAGUUAAUAUUACUCAUCAUUUUGUAUAUUCAGGUUAUUACUAGUUAUGAGUAAUGGUGUACAAAAAUAUCAGUAAUAUUUUAUUAGAUAUUUCUAAGCAUUCA